UGUUAUUGUCAUCAGAGUCACGACUCGUCGCCAGUAACAGAUAGUUGUCUAUUAUCUGUGUGGAUAUUCUAUGGAAUAAAUUAUACUAAAAUAAACUUUAAUAUAAUCAUUUAUACUCAGUUACUCCAAGCGUUUGCAAUUCAUUUGAUAAUGCUCACAUUUUUUAUUAUUUCUUUGUCGCUAACUCUUGGAGUUUUUUUAAACAAUGUUGCUGGUGAUUCUCCAGCAAUUUACGAGCAGGAUAAAAUAAAUGGAACUGUUCCAUCUCAACGUUACAGUUUUGAAGUUGACUAUGAAAAUAAUGAGUUUUUAUUAGAUGGAAGGCCAUUUCGAUAUGUAUCGGGAAGUUUUCACUAUUUCCGAACGCCAAGAGCUUACUGGAGAGAUAGGCUAAGAAAAAUUCGUGCCGCUGGUCUAAAUGCCAUUUCUACUUAUGUCGAAUGGAGUCUUCAUCAACCAAAGCCAAAUGUUUGGCACUGGACGGGCGAAGCUGACAUAGUUUCUUUUCUAACAAUGGCCCAAGAAGAAGACCUGUUCGUUUUAUUGAGACCUGGGCCUUAUAUUUGCGCUGAGCGAGACUUGGGAGGAUUACCACCGUGGUUGAUGAGCCUUGUUCCCGACAUUCAAAUGCGUACCAACGACCAGCGCUACAUGCGAUACGUCGAAAUAUACUUCAACGAGCUUUUCAGUAAAAUAAAGCACUUGCUCAGAGGAAAUGGAGGCCCGAUAAUUAUGGUCCAGGUGGAAAAUGAGUAUGGAAGUUUUCCGGCAUGUGAUUUGCGGUACAAAGAAAAUUUACGGGACAUACUUUUACGAAAUGUCCAAUCGAAAGCUCUUUUGUACACAACAGAUGGAAUAUAUGAAAAAGCUUUGAGGUGUGGGGUAGUUUCUGGCGCUUACGCAACUAUUGACUUUGGUGCCUCAACAAAUGUGUUGAGCAAUUUUGAAUUAAUGAGAAAGUAUCAACCAAGCGUAAGUAUUUUAAUGAAUUUUAUUAAUUUUAUUUUUUAAAUUUAAUAAUGUACACUGAAAAAAAAAUUGACCUGAAUCAAGAUGAAAAAUUCUUGAAUCAAGUAAAAAUUACUUAAACUAAGAAAAAUUUCUUAGGGUCCGCUUGUUAACUCUGAAUAUUAUUCCGGAUGGUUGACUCACUGGGAAGAAUCAUUCCAGAGAGUCGAAACAGGAAUUUUUGUAAAUACAUUGAAGCAAAUGUUGGCAUUGAAUGCUUCUGUUAAUAUUUACAUGUUUUAUGGUGGGACCAAUUUUGGAUUUACAGCAGGAGCAAACGGAGGCGAUAAAUAUUGGCCUCAAAUAACCUCUUAUGAUUACGACGCACCUCUCACAGAAGCCGGUGAUCCAACAGAUAAAUAUUUCGCAAUACGCAAAGCGCUCUCAGAGUUUUUUAUGCUGCCAAAUUUGCCGCUGCCGACGGUCUCGCCGAAAGGCAAUUACGGGUCUAUUCUUCUUGACCCAAUAAUGCCGCUGUUUGGCAGAGAAGCUCAACAAUUGUUUGCUUUUUCCGUUGCUGAUUACUCAAUGACACCCCCGACGUUUGAAAAACUCCAGCAGUCUUAUGGGUUUGUUCUUUAUGAAACCCAUUACAGCCCCCGAAGCAGAGAUCCAUCGAUAUUGAGAGCUGACGUCGCUGACCGGGGACUGGUUUAUGUCGACGACUACCUUUCUGGUUCCCUGAGCCGCACGCUCAAAAUAGACAAUGUUGUUUUGCAAAAUCCCUACGGAAAAAGUCUUAAAAUACUCGUUGAAAACCAAGGACACCUCAAUUUUGGAAAUAUCAUUCAAGAUUGGAAGGGGAUUUUUAAUGUUACGAUAAACAAUGAGAGGAUUAUCAACUGGAAUGCGACUGGAUUUCCUUUGGACACUAUGCCGUCUAUGAAAAACUUUAGCAAUAUUGAAAUUCCGACUGGAAAUCUGGUCAAUGGUCCUGUAUUUCUUCGCUCGACAUUCAUAAUAAAGAAUAAUCCACCACUAGACACCUAUCUGAACACCGCUGGUUGGGGUAAAGGAGUUGCUUUUCUGAAUGGACAUAAUCUGGGACGGUACUGGCCACAAACUGGUCCUCAGGUCACCCUCUAUGUACCUGGAGUAUUUUUGAAGACUGGAGAAAAUGAGCUGGUUAUUUUGGAACUUGAGUACGUGGCGGAUAAUAUGAAAAUGAAGUUCCAAACUGUCGCUGAUUUGGGAUUUACUCAAAAUUAUACUCUAAAAAUUCAACCUGAUAAUAAUUAA